AAAAAACUAUUAAGAAAACUUCUAGAAUAUCGAUCUCCAAUUCAUGGAUUUUGUUCUGAAACUUGCCGCUUUCAUAUUCAUAAUUUAUGGAGCUCAAUCUAGAGAAACCGUGAGAGAUUUGAAAUCCGUCAAGUUAAACAACAAUACCAUAUACGAUUGUGUGGAUAUAUAUAAACAACCUUCAUUGAGUCAUCCACUACUCCAAAACCAUAAAAUUCAGCUUAAACCAUCUUUUUCAAUCUCUAAAUCAAAAAAUCAAGUUAAAACUGAAAGUGAAAGAAAGAAAAUCAUUGAGUGUCCUAGUGAAACUGUUCCCAUACUGAGAAGUACAAAAGAAUAUGUCGCAAAUGCUCAAUAUUGGGCAGAAAAACAUUUUAAUCCGUUUACCGUCGACAGUCAUGGGACACAUAUUGCUGGAGUUAGAUCACAAGGUCAAGGUCCUUAUCAUGGCUUGGCAGCUUGGAUGAGUAUACAUAAUUUGAACAUAAGUGGAGACCAAGCUUCGUAUGCUAACAUAUAUGUAGGCAGUGGAGUUAACAACAAAGUUAAUUUUAUCCAAGCUGGUUGGAUGGUAAAUCCAAAAUUAUUCGGUGAUGGGCGGACAUGGAGUUAUGGGUUUUGGAAGGGAGCUAAUGGAGCUGGUUGUUACAAUACAGUAUGCCAUGGUUUUGUUCAAGUGUCUAAAACUGAUCCUUUAAGUGGACCUUUACCUUAUGAUCCCAAAGGAGAAAAGGGUAUCUACUUUAGUAUUGUACAGGAUAAGGAUUCAGGAAAUUGGUGGAUAUCAGAUGUAAACUAUACAGGACCAGAUGAACAAAUUGGUUAUUGGUCAAAAGAGCUGUUUGAUCUUAUGAGUAAUAGUGUGGACAUGAUCGGAGUUGGAGGAGUAGUUCAAGCUUCUCCUUCUGGUGCUAGCCCUCCAAUGGGUAACGGCAAUCGACCAACCGGAGAUGACAAUGCGUCGGCACGGGUCAGAAAACUCGAAAUUGUAGAUUCUAGUUUUAAGAUCCAGGAAAGUGAUAAAUACAAGUUAGAAAAAUUAUUAGAUAAUGAUAAAUGUUAUGGAUUAAAAGAUGGAAAGAAACCAAUCUUGUUCACAUAUGGUGGACCUGGAGGAGAUUCAUGUGGAAUCUAAUAUUAUAAAAUGUAUGUAUUUUGAUUAUCUAUAGCCCCUAAAUAAUUUGGAUUUCAUGUUU